AUGGAUAACGAUCGGUUAACGCAAUUGCCGAUGUCGAGAAUCCGCACCGUCAUGAAAACUUCUCCCGAUAUGGGAAACAUCAAUCAUGAGGCGCUGUUUUUAAUGUGUCGAGCGGCCGAAAUGUUUAUAGAUCACAUGGCAAAAGGAGCCCACAGGGAGGGAAGAAAAACGUUAGAAUACAGAGACCUAGCUCAAUACGUCGAGGACGAUGAUAAGUUGGAAUUUCUGCUUCAGAUCCUGCCCAAGAAGGUGACGGUGAAAGAGUAUAAGAUGAUGAUGAGCAAAAAGCCGGAAUCGGAUGAAGAUAGCGAAACUGACGAAGAAGAAUCCGAGAAAGAAGAGCAGGACGAUGACGAUGUGGUCGAGAUAGUAGAAGAUGAAACGGAAAAAGCUAAACCAGAGGAUAGUGAAGAUUCAGCUUCGUCUAGCGAUGAAAGUAAUAGUGUAAUUUCGAUUGAUUCUAGCUCGGACGAGAAAGAAAACUCUAAAAACGUUAGCAAUAAGAAAUCGCCGAUCAAACACAAAACAGGAGAUUCGCCCUAAAAGAAUAUUCUCAAAACGGUGGAAUUGUGGCGCUUUGUAAAAAGUCAUUUAGUGGUUUGAUACCAAGGUCAGCCAUCCGGUUGAUUUGUUCUAAUCGCUGUUUCCACAUAAGUUUUAAUGAUAGGUAACAAAAGUAAACCCACUACGUACCUUUUUAUGGAUCAUGCCCAAUUGUUGUAGGACCAUUGCUGGGAGAAGAACGGGCGGUUUUCAACAGACUUAUGUUGGUUCGAUUAUUUGUGUCGUAAAUCAGCUAUAAAUUUCAUGCAGCUUUUAAUUUGAAAAUACUUUC